CAGCUUGAAGGUUUUGAGGCAACCUGCAGACAUGGAAGAAUUAUGUGGAAUGUGCCGAAGCGGAAACGGAAGCUGCUGAUCGCUAUCUACCUGGUUCCUUUUGGGGUCUGAGAGAGAAAGAAAGGAGAGAAAGAGGCCCGUGAGGUCUGAGGAGAAAGCUGAUCUAAUUUCCUCUGGUUGAAUCUUUUACCUACCAAAAUGUCAAAACGGCCAUCUUAUGCGCCACCACCCACCCCAGCCCCCACAACCCAAAUGCCCAGCACACCAGGGUUUGUGGGAUACAAUCCAUACAGCCAUCUGGCGUACAACAACUACAGGCUGGGAGGGAACCCGGGCACCAACAGCCGGGCCACGGCAUCAUCGGGUAUUACAAUCCCCAAACCCCCAAAGCCUCCAGAUAAGCCACUCAUGCCCUAUAUGAGGUACAGCAGGAAGGUCUGGGACCAAGUGAAGGCGUCCAACCCUGACUUGAAGCUAUGGGAAAUUGGGAAGAUCAUUGGAGGGAUGUGGCGUGACCUCACUGAUGAAGAGAAGCAAGAAUACUUAAAUGAAUAUGAAGCAGAAAAGAUAGAGUACAAUGAAUCAAUGAAGGCCUAUCAUAAUUCACCUGCUUACCUUGCCUAUAUCAAUGCCAAAAGCCGUGCUGAAGCUGCACUGGAGGAGGAAAGCCGGCAAAGGCAAUCCCGAAUGGAGAAAGGUGAACCUUAUAUGAGCAUCCAGCCUGCUGAGGAUCCAGAUGAUUAUGAUGAUGGAUUUUCUAUGAAACAUACUGCUACUGCCCGUUUCCAGAGAAACCAUCGCUUAAUUAGUGAGAUCCUGAGUGAAAGCGUAGUCCCUGAUGUUAGAUCUGUGGUUACUACAGCAAGAAUGCAAGUCCUCAAACGCCAAGUCCAGUCAUUAAUGGUUCAUCAGCGUAAACUUGAAGCUGAACUCCUUCAAAUAGAAGAACGUCAUCAAGAAAAAAAGAGGAAGUUUUUGGAAAGCACGGAAUCCUUUAACAGUGAGCUUAAACGGCUCUGCAGCCUGAAAGUAGAAGUGGACAUGGAGAAAAUUGCAGCAGAAAUUGCACAGGCUGAAGAACAAGCUCGUAAGCGGCAGGAAGAAAGGGAGAAAGAGGCUGCAGAGCAAGCUGAACGCAGUCAGACCAGCAUGAGCACUGAGGAGGAGCAGACACCCGGCAAGGCAGAGGAGAAAAAAGAAGAGGGAACUCCUCCCAUGGAAACAGAAGAACCUCCUCCAGAAGAAGCUAUUGAGAAUCAGCAGAAUGGUGAAGGGACGUCCACUCCUGAAGACAAGGAGAGUGGGCAAGAAGGUGUUGAAAGCAUGGCAGAGGAAGGAACAAGUGAUAGCAAUACUGGUUCAGAAAGCAAUAGUGCCCUAGCUGAAGAACCCCCAGCUGACCCAAUAACUUCAGAAGAUGGUGAAAAGAAAGAGUAAAAAAAAAAAAAAAACGCCACUUCUUUCCAUAUAGGUCUUCCCUUUUUCAAAAGAUUUGUGAAUUGUAGUGGAGUUGAUAUGUAAGCUGUCGUUAGUAUUGUUUUUGUAGGUUGUUGCACAAUAUAAUCCAUGCAUUUUUUAAUCUAUAUGCUAUAAUAAAAACAUAAUAGUUACCGAACAAUAUGAUUUA